GACUGCAUUGCUGCUCUCUAUCAGUCCCUGGGGUUGUCCGAUGGAGCAGAGUUUUCUGCAGAGGACGUGAGUCUCCUCUACCUCAAAGUGUGUCAUGCUCCCUCCAGCACCAGUGAGGCACAUGCAGCCAUGAAAAAGAUAGCAGGAGGUGACAGUAGCUGGUCCUGUACUGGUAGAAAUGUUUUGGAUGUACUUUUGGAAAUGGAAAGAGAGAGAGAAAGGAAGGAAAUGGAGUACCGUGACAGAGCGAGGAAGACGAGGAGGCUAAAGAAAGCAGCCAAGCAGUGCUGGGUCCGAUUAGCAUCACAGGGGGUGCAAAGCAUAUUGCCUUCUCACUCACAGGACCAAAGGUUUGGCACUGGAGAUCAGGCAUGGGGCUACGUCUCCUUAUCAGACAUCCUCCUAUUAGUGGCAUUCAAGUAUGAUGUGGUGACCCACUUACUUUAUACAGAAAUGCUUCAGGAGCACUACACUGAGCAUGUUUGGGAUACACUUUUGCCAUGGCAACAGUAUAUGGAAGUGGAAGUGCUGGAGGAUCUUGCAGAGGAAGCUCUGGAGUCUGUUGACAUGCUCCGCUUGGCUAUGCUGCCCGGGGCGUUCAGGAUAUACAAGUCCUGUCUGGAUACAUCUUUGAAAAGCUGUGCAGAUUUCGGGGAGCAGUCCUGGUCUGCGGUUUCAUUCCUGAAUGACUUGCACACAUUUCGGCAACAAGAACAAAACACGCUGUCCGCCAUGUGCCAGAGGAUGCAGGGAGACACUCUGAAACUGCUGUUUCUCUACAUCUGGCUCGCAACUCUGCGAGCACAGAGGGAGAAAAUGUCCUACGGCGCUCUUCUGGCAGCACGACAGUCUUGGGACACGUGGCCACAGGUGGUUGCUCCAUGCAGAGCAGAACUGGCUGCUCUGCUGCUCCACGGCCAAAAGGAGGAGGAGGAGAAGGGGGGGAAAGAUGACUUUGUGACACCACAGCAAGAUGCAGUAAUAGUGCUGCUGGUCCUGAGUCAGGAGUUGGAGAGGAAGCACCUGGUCAAGUUGAUACAUGAGGUCUCCCUGGAGGAUUUGGAAGUGUCAGGUUGCACAAUGCCCCCCGAUGAUGUCAGUGAGCAAGAAGCUAUGAAGGCCAGCUGUAUUAAAAGGCUGAGGGAAAUUAAUACGUGGCAGAAGACACAACAGGGGAGUUCAACCCCUUCGAAGCAAACAAACUCUCAGACCCAAAUGCUGGGCAAAGGGUCCCAAAUUCAGCUGGGAGAUGGUGCUCUGCUCCUUCUGACCCAUCUAAUGGAGCUUCAAGAGGUCCAAGCCUCGGCCUUACUGGAAGCCCUGGUGGACGGGAAUUCUCAACGUAUCCAAGGCCUACGGGAUAAAUAUGAAGAUGAAAUUAAAGCAGCGCGCUUCCCCAGCCUGCUCCACCUCCUGACCUCUGAUCCCUCCCCAACCUCUUGUCCAAUGCUGAUUCCAAACUUGAAUGAAAAUAGUACCACUGAGCCGAGAAUGUGUCAAACUGAAAAUGGCAGAUCAGCAGAAGCGACGGCGGCCGAUUCAAACAAAAAGGCCGGCGUCGUGAUGAAUGAGGUCCAAACGGCAGAUGGUUUGGACAGACACGAUGUCUGUUCAGGUUGUGGAGCUGUCAUAGAGGAUCUGCCCUACUUGGAAAUCCUGUGCGCUCCAGAUGCACAGGGUGACGCUCACGAUGGCCUCUCUGCAGAGGGAGAUCCCACUGAAGAAGAAGAGGGCAGUGUGACCAACACCUCCCAGAGCUGUCAGAAACAAGGGUCUCUGAUCACACUUGCGUGGAGCAAACGGCUCGAAACAGAAGCUGAACCCCAGCGUCAGGAUGGUGAGAGCAGAAGGAACCAAAUCCAGUCGACAGAAUGUGAGCAAACAGUUCACAACCGAGAUGGAGAAGAGUUGAACAGCAGAGCACACCAUGACUCACCAUCUGCAGAUCAACAGAACAAAGCUAUAGAACAGAUGAUAUUAAACAAAAGACCAAAUGGUGAUCAGUCUAAUGAGAAAGAAGACUCAUCAAAAAGUGAUCAGGUAUCAAUGGUGGCAGACAGUCUGCAGAAUGUGCAGCAACAUCCUGUGGCUGACUCCUCAGAGCACGCUGGUCACCCCUGUUCUGAAACUUCCAAUCACACGGCACCUAACGAGAUGCCAGAGGUGGAAAUGUGUCCAACUGAAGCUAAGCCUGAACAGUGGGGGUUCAGAGAGCCUGAGCUCUCGGACCGCGAGGAGCUGAUCCCUUGUCAAGAAUCAACAGUACGACGGUUGCUACAUCUUCGAGAAUGUGAGGUUUCGGGAGACGGUAGUCUCUCAAAGGGUGCUGCCAAGAGGGUGUCCCCUCCGAUGGAAAGAGAAGCGGUGUCUACAAUGGAAAGGGAAAAAACAAUGCGCAGCCUGGUGGACAUGCAGAGAAAGGUUGAACAGAGACAGCAGAGAGACAGAGAGCGGCAGCUGCUCAGGGUUCAGGAGCGUCUGUCAAUCAUCCAGAACAGGAAGGCAGAAGAGGACCUACUGGGCCUUAACCACACAGACAGAAUAAAGCAGCUCACACAAGAUCUACCAACGGAGGAUAAGAGCCAGCAGAAAACUGUUGUCAGAGAGCGACUGGAGCAGCUCCGCAGAGAGCGCUCCUACAUCAUGCAGUCCAGAAGGGACAGGAAUACAGCAGGAUUUAAGGAACUCCUGGCUCCAGUUACUCUGCAUAGCAGCGUGGUAGAUGAAGGAUCAGAUUGA